AUGGGCAAGACCAUUCUUAUAACCGGUGCUACGGGCAAACAGGGCAGAGCCCUUGUCAAUGCCCUAGCAAGUCGCGCAGGACAGUCCAGCGCCGAUGAGGCAUCAGAGCAGGGUGCUUUCAGGAUCCUCGCUCUUACACGAAACGCCUCAAGCUCGGCAGCCCAACAUCUGGCCCAAAAGGAGCACGUAGAGGUCGUGCAAGGAGACUUGGAUGACCGCGAGUCGGUACGCAAGGUGUUCGAAGACGCGAAGAGCACGGGAGGGAUAUGGGGCGUGUACUGUGCGCUCGCGUUUCCGGGUCUGGGUGCAAACGCGGACGGCGAGGAGAGGCAAGGAAAGCUGAUGGCCGACCUGGCGUUGGAGUACGGAGUUUCUGUGUACAUCUACUCGUCGGCGGAGCGCGCUGGUCCCGCCCACGACGACGAGGAAGUACGAUCUGGUCGCGCGAAGAUGCUCAUCGAGCGCCAUGUGAAAAGCCUCGGAGAGAAGGGUCUCUCAUGGACGAUCAUGCGCCCAGGAUUCUUCUUAGACAAUUAUGAAGGAUUCAUUGGCUCAAUCACAGUCGCAGUUAUGAAAUGCGGGCUGAAGCCGGACAGCAAAGUGGCGCUCAUCGAUUCUGAAGACAUCGGUCGUGUUGCCGCUGCUAUCUUUAGAAGCCCCGACAAGUACCAACACAAGGAGCUCGUCGUCAUCGGGGAAGUUGCCAGCAUGUCAGAGCAAAACGAAGCUUACAAGCGCGCAACUGGCCGACCGCUACCGUCAAUUCCGAACAUCUUCGCACGGAUUCUUGUAGCGAUAAACAAAUCUACGAAAGACCUCGUUGACCACUUCGACGCGUUACACCACGCUCGUGUAACGGGACAGCAUGAUCAAUUUGAGUCGCAGGUCCAAUUGACGCGAGAGGCUCUCCCUGAGAUCAAAUCCGUGUAUGAUUGGGCGCUUGUGCAGAAGAAUGGUCAAGGUCGAGACAGUGGAGAUCAGGGAUGGAACAAAGUCUCCAUCUGGCAGUUGAUAACAGGUCGACUGUGA